AUGCAGAGGCAGAAGAUCGAGAUGAAUCUUUUGUCCACAUGCUUGCCAAAGAGUUCACCGAAGAGGAACAAUCAAUCCGACACGAUGUGUACCCAGAAACCGACGACGAGGCUAAUGGUCGUGAAGAUGGUUCAAGUGAGAAUGCGAACACCCAUUCUUCGUGGUGAUGGGAUAAUGUAUAAAGGCCAAAAAUUCUACAAUGGAAUCUCGUUCAAGGAGUGUGUCACCGACUAUGCACUGCUAACAAGUUCCAAUCUGAAGCAAUACAGGUAUGAUAGAGAUGCAAUCAGAUUUAAAUGUAUUGGUGCUAAGGGGAAAUGUGGGUGGCAAGUGUAUGCUCCAUCUCUCGGUGAUGAUCCUUUCUGGAGGAUUACGUUGUACAAGGAUAAACAUAUAUGUAUUCCUAAUGGAGAGUGUGCGAUGUUUUCGGUCCCAGUGAUAGCUAGGAUAUUUCUUGAUAAGAUUAGGGAAGAACCAGAGUAUUACAUGCUUGCCAAGAUGGAAAAGAUUGAAAUGGAGAUGUGGAAGAUAUCAGUUACAAGGCCUCAAUGCCAAGCUUCUAGGAGAAAGGCAUUGGGAUGGAUCUCGUCGGAGUAUGAUACUCAGUUUACACAUCUCCGAGAUUAUGGUGCCGAGAUUAUGGAAUCAAAUCCAGGAUCUGUUGUGGAUAUUGAUACCGUGAAGAAUGAUGUUGGUGAGGAUGUCUUUAACCAGUUUUAUGUUCUUAGAAAAACAUGGAAAGCUAGUUGUAGGCCACUAAUAGGAGUUGAUGGGUGCUUCUUAAAAGUAAAGAUUAAAGGGCAGUUAUUAGCGGCAUUAGGCAGGGAUGCAGACAAUGCUAUUUAUCCAAUAGCAUGGAGCGUUGUUCAAGUCGAGAACACUGAUAAAUGGCAAUGGUUUGUGAAUAGGUUGAAGAUUGAUCUAGACUUAGGAGAUGGAGAUGGUUACAUUAUUAUGUCAGAUCGGCAAAAGGGUUUGAUAAAAGCUAUUGAGUUAGAGUUACCAAAGGUGGAGCAUCGAAAAUGUGUUAGGCACAUUUAUGGGAACCUGAAGAAGAUUCAUCCUAGCAAAAAGCUUCUGAAAAAAUAUCUUUGGGAUCUGGCUUGGAGCUACAACACCACCGAAUAUUAUCAGAACUUGGAGAGGAUCCACGCAUACGACUCAAAGGUGCAUGAAGAUGUCAUGAAGACAAAGCCAAAGACUUGGUGCAGGGCCUUUCACAAGCUUGACAAUUACUGUGAAGAUGUGGAGAACAACUCCAUAGAGUCCUUCAACAAUACCAUCAACAAGGCAAGAGAAAAGCCAUUUGUGGCUAUGUUAGAGAUGGUUAGAAAGAUUGCCAUGGUUCGGAUUGCUAAACGACGGAAUGUUUCAAAAAAAUCCGUCAUUUCCGACAGAAUACCGACGGAAUGUUUCAAAAAAAUCCAUCAUUUCCGACAGAUUACCGACCGAUUUCUUUGA